UUCGACUUGUCCCAAGUAGCCAACACACUUGGAAUAUUUUAGAGUCAAUGAUAUCUUUAACCAUGAAGUGGGAAAUAUAAUAAUAUUUGUUUUAUAAAAAAAAAAAGACAAACAGGAGGAUGUGACACCUACGCAUUGUAUUAACCCAGUGGAUUUAUACUUAAUGAUGACCAUCAGAGUACCGUUACAAAAUAAUAGCCAGUUCGGAUCUGCUGCUGCAAACACAUCGAGGACAGAAGAAAAACGAAAUGCCAUCACCUCACGUCUUUGGAAAUCGAAAAGAUUGAAUAGAAGAAAUACUGUAGUGAGACUAAAUCAAUUCCGUCUUUGGACCAAAGAGAAAGAUGACGCCCAGCAACAGAAAUUUUCGAAACUAAGAGUUGAACGAGAAAGGAUAAGGAAACAAAAUAGAAAACAAACCAAAAGGUUUCGAUGGUUGUAUCUUCCAACGGCUCUUUGCUGGCUCCUGGGUUUCUACAUAACAGUAACAAGUACUGUUCAAAGUAUCGGUGGAGGCACGUUGUUUUGGACCAUGAGAGAAACGUGUCGUGUUAUUGGUCCUGUUAUUUUGUGUAUUGGACUAAUUCUCCUGUUGAUUACGGAAGGUCUGAUAAGCAGUCAAGAAUUUGAAAUAAAUAGAACGAAACCUUACUUUAUGGAAACAGUAGUAAAUAUUGAUAUGAACAACGAUGAAAAAAAUCAAUUACUGUAACAGAAGACAAUCUCUUACAAAAAAUACGCAUAUCCCGUAUGCCAUGGUGGUGCUCUUACUAAAAGAGGGAAAUACAGAACAUAUAUACAUACAUAUAUACAUACCCGAGUCGGAGAGUACUGCUUCUUAGUGCGAUGAACCACGCACAUAUGAAUGCUCAUGAAACAUGCCAUUUGUUAUGGGAAAUAAGUUAGUUGUUACUUACGGAAAUGGCAUAUUCACAACAACAAAACGGUGAACCUGCAAAGAAAAAGAUCCUGAGGACUUCGAUAUAUAUAUACAAUGAUGCUAAUUUGACUAGCGCUUGCUUUGGAGACUGUGUUCGUCAAUACAGGAAGAAAUGUAUAAUGCUAAAUCAUUGGAAUAGCAAAUAAUCUGAUAUAAUAAAAUAUAUAGCUUUAA